CGAUCGCGAGAGGAGCGUUUGCUUAGUGUGAAAGAAUCGCAACGAACGAAACCAGCGACGGAAUCACAAGAACUAGAGUCAUUAAGACGGAGGCGGACUAAUUACCGUGGGAUUAGAAAAAAAAUGUGUUCUUGACUUACGGUGCCAUCCAGACUGGUCGGGUCAUCGUUCUCCGUUUCGAUUCUGGAUCUUGAUAAAAUAUCAAGCCGAUAGUGAUACCAGCAUUUCGAGUUCUUCAUUCUUUGUCCAGCUUUCCCGAAGAUUAGUCAAUUUUGCUAGUGCUCGCGAAUUUUCGAAAGUGUCAUAGAAAUCAAAGAAAUAUGAGUGAAAUUAGUUGUUCGAGUUCGGUCCUGGUGGCGUUAUUGUUACUAGCUCAGAUGCGAACAUUAUCGGCUGGUUUCCUAAACAUAAGUGCAGUGUUGAACAGUGUCUUUGGUUUGACCGAUGUGCUGGAGAUUGAUUACGGUCAACCGCUGUUACGCCCUUCUUAUGAUUAUGUGAUCGUCGGCGCUGGACCCGCAGGCUGUGUGUUGGCUAACCGGUUGUCGGAGGAUCCCUCCAAAAGUGUGCUUUUGAUUGAGAUUGGACGGGGCGAGAUUCCGAUGUUCAGCGAUCCGCCCCUGCUCGGGCCCACGUUGGCAUCAACGAGUUACAAUUUCGGGUACCAAACCGAGGUACAGAAACACGGCUGUCAGGGUCUGCGGGGGAAACGUUGCAGUUGGGCACAUGGGAGAGGUGUUGGUGGUUCAUCAAUCAUCAACAAUGUGAUUUAUACCCGAGGCAACAAGCGGGACUACGACAGCUGGGCGCGCGCUGGGAAUCCCGGCUGGAGCUGGGACGAGAUGCUGCCGUAUUUCAAAAAAGUGGAACGUGCAAACAUCCGAGAUUUUGGAGACAAUGGAUUCCACGGGAAAAGUGGCCGACUGUCGGUGGAAGAUUGCCCUUUCAGAUCAAAAAUCGCCACUGCAUUCGUGAAAAGUGCCCAGGAAGUGGGCUAUCCCUAUCUGGAUUACAACGCUGGGGACCUGAUCGGGGUAUCGUUCCUUCAGGCGCAUACCCUCCGGGGUCAUCGUGCCACCGGUGGCAACGCAUACCUCAAGGACAUUGUCCAUCGACCCAACCUGCACAUCAUGACCCGCUCAUGGGCCACCAAAGUACAUCUAGAUCCCAAAACCAAAGAAGCAACGGGGAUCGAUUUUGUGCAUGCAAGACGAACCUACUCCGUGCAAGCCACGCGGGAGGUCAUCCUGUCGGCAGGGGCUUUCGAGAGUGCCAAGCUGCUAAUGCUAUCCGGGGUUGGGCCGGCUGAGCAUCUCAAACAGCAUGGGAUAAAAGUGAACCAAGAUCUUCCUGUCGGGGAACAGGUGACCGAGCAUGGUGGAGUCUUCGGGCCGGUUUUCGUUCUCCAAAACGAUCCCGAUGGAUUAAGAAGUUUGGAGCCAUUGAUAACAAUCAGUGAAUUUAUGCGUUUCAAAGGCGGCAGUGGUCCACUAACGUCGAACUCUGUGGAGAGUCUGAUGUACGUGAAGUCGCCCGUUGCCGAGGAUCCCGAUCCAGGGCUGCCGGAUGUGGAGAUAAUGCAAGCAUUUGUAUCAUUCGGGUUUGAUUCUUCGCCGUCCUCCAAGUUUGCCUAUCAGCUGUCUGACGAAGUUGACGAGGAUUACUUCCGACCUCUGGGGAACGUGAGGGCAUUCAUGUAUCUUCCCAUGUUGCUAAAGGCUCGCGCUAGAGGUCAGGUUCGAUUGAAAUCUACUAAUCCAUUCCAUCACCCACAGUUCAAGUAUCAGUACUUUGAAGACGAGCGAGAUGUCGAGGCGCUGGUGUAUGGAAUACUGCAAGCCAUCAAUGUCACCUCGCGGCCUGCGUUCCAGAAGUUAGGAGUGGAACUGUACGCCAACAAGGUUCCGGGUUGUAAGCAUUUGAAAUUCAACACCCUAGAUUACUGGCGCUGCCACGUGAGGACGCUGACGGCAACCUUUCAGCACCAGGUGGCAACAUGCAAGAUGGGUCCCGCUAGCGACCCGGAGGCAGUGGUGGAUCAUCGGUUACGAGUUCACGGCAUCAAGCGGCUGCGGGUGGCUGAUGUUGGUAUCAUUCCAGAUUCCCCUACCGGUCACACAAGUGCGCAUAGUUUUGUGAUAGGCGAAAAGGCGGCGGAUUUGAUUAAGGAAGAUAAUUAGGGAAGUAUAUUUAGUUGGGUCGUUGUAGACUUCAAUCAGUGACUGUAAGAUUUAAGAUACGUUGUAAUAAAAUCAAAAAUAUGAAAUAAUCCAACGAACGACCGUUGGUUGUUGUUGUGUAAGAAAUUGGCGUUGAAGGGUCGCAAUUAAAUGUGUAACAUACGGAAGGGAGCGCACUGAAGAGAAGAGCAUAUGCGUUAUAACUAGCAGAAAUAACAUUAACAUGGGUGUUCAUUAUAUGUUGGGAGCGAUUGAAAUGACUGGCAAAUGAUUAUCGCUUAUUACGCGUGAGUAGUGUUGUUGUUGAUGCUUGGGUACCGCUGGUUGUUGGGCGUGUCAUUUUUUGUUCAACCAGAAAAACUCGGAUAAAGACGAAGAGAACUAAUUAAUUGCAUAUCAUUUUAACAAACCACAAUAAUGAGUUUAAUGAGUCGGGGUAAAUACCAGGGUUGCCAACUAUAAUUUUCAAAAAUCAGGGAGAGUGAAAAUAAGAAUCAGGAAGAAAUCAGGAUAUCUCAUAUUUGGUUGUCCGGGAAUUCUUUUUCAUUUUUAUCAUUUCUAUAAGCAGACUAGUAUUUAUUCAUUUUUAUAGGCACAGCACAAUUUUAUAUGCACUGGUCUAGGUAUUUUUUUUAAGCUGGCCAUAAGCGGUUCUUACACGGUAUAUUAAUAUUACCAGUAAUGAUAUACCAGUAAUGAUAUUCAUUCUAGAUUCACUUCAGUCUACAUUAUCAUUUUUAUUCAACCAUACACAAUCAUUCCUAUUGUCAUUACUUUCCUAUGUAUUUUUAUGGUCUUAAAUUUAACAGGUAUGCUUGAAUAAUUAUAUCUUACGCCAAUAUUAUUCACAGAAAUGAAAAUAGUUUGCAGAACAUCGAUGUUUUUUCACGAAAUAUUUUGCUACCCAUUUACUAAUACUACCGCGAGGACCUUUAUAGCAUACCAGGGUAACUGUAUAUGUACACUUGGGUGCCAUUGAAUGUAUGGGAAAAAAUCGACCCUGAAAUUUCAAAAAGUUACCCUAUACAAAAUGUUCACCGCCUCAGAAAAACACCCCAUGCAAAAUUUCAGCUGAAUCAGACUUAAGGGAGAGUGGCGCGAAACGGUCAAUGUUUGAGUUUUUUUAAAAUCGAAAAAUCACCCUAGGGGGGAGUAAAGGAAAUCGGGGUUUUCGAAAAAAUUAAAUUUGAUGCUAAAAUUUCAUGAAACGUCGUAAUCUAGUGUAAUCUCGAAUUUUUUUUUCGUCAAAAAUCGACACUCUGAAAUUUAGUUUUUUUCGGGAUACGGGACGAAACGUAUGAUUUUGGGGGCCAACUAAAAUAGUUAUCUCGAUUUUUCAUUAGGAACUUGCUGUGAAUUGUUGAUUUGCACGAAAAUAUACCCUAUGCAAAAUAUUAGCUCAGUUUGGACUUCACUUACUAGUUGACUAGUUGAAUAGAGUUAAAAUUUUAGUUUUUUUUUGAAAACCGAUAAAUCAACGAAAAUCAGGGUUUUGAAAAAGUUUGUUUGAUGCCAAAAUAUGAUUUGAUGUUUGAUGCCUUAAAAUAGCAUGUCACAUGUCAUGUCGAGAUUUCCUUAACCGACUUUCAGACGGAAAAACGACCAAAUUAAAAAAAAAACUUUCGAGGUGAUUUUUUGAUUUUCAAAAAAAACUCAAAAUUCUACCGCUUUGCGCCGUUCUCCUUUAAGUCCGAUUGAGCUGAAACUUUGCAUAGAGUGUUUAUUCGAGAUGUUGAACAUUUUUUAUUAGGUAACUUUUGAAAUUCGAGAUGAGCUUGUAGCAGUCGUGCUACAAGUUAGAAAUAUUUUCGGAGGGUAGCAGUCCAAAUAAAACGGACUGCUAUCUAGCAUAUCUUGCACACCACGAUGUGCAUAAGUUGUAUGCAAUCGUUGUGUGGUUGGACGCAAGCGCAGCAAUCAUGUUCCGUCACACAUACACCUUUCAAGGUUGAGUGGACGAAGUGCCUCGCAAUUGGGUCACUUAUGCGCGGCUUAGCGAGAGUUCCGAGUCAGGUUUCGAGAGGCGAUUCUAAAACUCGCGAGAAGGCUGACUCAACCUGACUCAUGAGAGCGGACAAUCGUUUCUUUGCUCUGUUUCGAACCGUGGGCUGGGGGAUGUUCGCGGAUUUGAAAAGAACAUUUUUUGCUUUAGCAAAUAUUGUUCUCCCGGGGGCAAAGAUCGGGCAAUGAUUGUGUUCUGAGGAACUGAGGACUUUUGCUCGUCCAUUCCGACCUGAUUCGUGGAAGAGGCAAGAGUGCGCGUAUUUUGUUUGUCGCGUCGCGGUGUGCUUCUGAAUGUAAGCCAUGUGCUGCGAAAAGGUUUUCUAGUAUAAUUAGUUUGUUCUUUUGUUUUUUGUAGAGUUCAAUAUUAAGUAGUUGAUUAAUAUUGUUUAUUGUGUGUGAGCAGUUUAUGAAAACUAAAAAGGUAAAAACUGAAUUUGGUUAGCAUUCAAGGCAUAAGAUUAAAUGCGUCGAACAGCCGUUCGACGGCUUUUUUGUUCGGAUUUGAAACCUGCGGAUUUAGGUAACGGCUGACCGGUUCAACAACUUCCGGUUGGAGCUCGGCGCACCGCAUCAUCAUCAUCAUCAUCAAUAACCGCACUUCUGACCCCACGUGUCGGGUUGGAAUCUCCCGACGUGAGCCCAAUACUGUCGGAAGGGAGCUGCUACGUCGUCACAGCGCUCCAGGCAGAGCCAGCCAACGCAUGAGUACCCUAACCCUAUUUUUACAUGCGCAUGUGGGUGGGUACUCUUUUACAUAUGAAUGAAGUGAUCAAAUAUUUGGAGAUGAAUGAAAGCAAUGCGGAUUAAAGGAACCGGUUCGUCGUUGAUAGAAAUUAGGAAAAAUAGAAUAGGGAAAUAAAUGUUAUAGGAUAGGUUGAAGGAAUAAAUGUUUGUAGUAAAUUAAUUAUUUGAUGUAAAGGUUAUUUGUUGUAUUUGUAGAAACCCUUUCGAGCUUCGCGUCGUGUUACGUUUAUAGAGUUUUUCGUUGUACUCCAAGUGUGGACUGCUUGGGAGUCUCAGUCCAUCUCGGCUCGUGCU